AUGGUAUCGGCUAUCAUUACUAGGACGGGUCAUGGGCAAGACAUCGCUGAUGACUAUGAGGAAGAGGAGAGCCACGACAACGGCACCGAGUCUGAUGAUGGCCCUGACGAAGAUGACAAAGCCUCGGAGAGGGAUGAUCAUGAGAGAUAUGGGAGCCGUGUGGCGAAUCACACUAAGCGCAACUUGGCGGCCAUUGAUGCGUUGAUGGCCGAGGCCGACCCUCGUGCUGGGGAUGCGAACUUGUCCUUACCUCGCCUAGAGGGUGCUCUAAUGAUGAGCGACUACGACGCGUUCUACGAAACUGUCAUGUGUAUGAGAGAGUCAGGACUGGCUCUCCGUGUGCUGCCGAAGGCUGAGUUGUCCGCACUGAAAUCGGAAGCGCUUGAGCAGCGAGGAGUGGGACCUGAAUUAUACUACAGUCCAAGCGGCGACCCUAAUGUAGAUCCCCAUGCUCCUCAAGGCCUAGCCAAGUCGGGUGACACCGACCAGAAGCAACCUGACGGGUCACGAAAGGCCCGUAAUAAGAAGAAGCACAAGGUCGCUGAUGGCAAAUUCUCUCAGGGUAGCGCCAAACCUACCAAGGUUGACGUCAAGAACAACAAGCGUGAUCCUAAGAAGGACCUAGCGUUCAAGGAGGGCCGCUGUUUUGACUGCAACGAGAAAGAAAAGCGUAGGAUCGCGGAGGAGACUCUCCGUGACUAUGAGAAGAAGGGCUACAUCGAGUUCAUCGACAAAGACGGUCCACCUGAUCAGUGGAUCUCCCCAUGCUUUCUGAAGCGCAAGAGAAGCGGCGCGUGGAGGUUGUUGACGGAUCUAAGAUCUGUCAACAAACGUCUACCGGUUUAUUGCUUCCCCGAUGAGGCCCAUACUGAGCACUUACUAGCUCAGAUUCCUCGUUGGGCUACCUCCUUUGCUUCGUUGGAUGUGAAGGAUGCCUUCUACACGGUACGAGUGUCUCCGCAGUCUUCUGAGCUUCUAGGCGCUACCUUGGGAUACCAUACCUUCCGGUGGAAGGUUCUUACGCAAGGCCUGUGCACGGCUCCAUAUUGGUGGAGUCGUCAAAUACACUGGAUCCUAUCUGGUAUAUCUGAGCUCGAUAAGUUCAAGGGACGAGUUGUCGUUCUGACCUUUGUCGACGAUAUAUUGAUAUGCGGUGAUUCUGUAGAAACUACGAGAGCUGUUCUCGAGAUUAUCUGUAAGCGUCUGGCGGACUACCAUAUUCCCAUCAGCCCUGAGAAAACUCAACCUCCUACCGACAUCAUCGGCUUUCUCGGAAUGAGACUGUCAUCCAAUGGGUGGCAACCGGAGCCAGCGGCUGUGGCGGCUCUGGAGUCACUCCCUAGACCUCUCAAUAGGCAGCAGCUACAGUCAGUGUUGGGGACUAUCAACUACCUAAGAGCGGCUUAUGGUCAAGGUGAGUUACAAGUGAAUCUUGCUCCCUUACAAGAUCUUCUCGGGAAGAAUAAGCCCUACAAAUGGACCGACCUGCAUGAUGCUGCCUUUGAUUGGCUGAGAUCGGCCUUGCGGCAGCAUGUCUUCGCUUUUCAACCGAUCGACUCUGAGCUCGAGGAGGGCGAAGGAUUUGUGUUGCAGACAGAUGCCAGCGACUGUGGAAUAUCCUAUGUAUUGUGGAGAGUACGUUUCGGUGAGUGCCCAGGCGCACUCUCGGAUAUGGGUGAUCUAAACUCUGAGUACUCUGGCCCGACGCCGGACAUUUUGGCUGAACAUGGUGCUGUGCAGCACAGCACAGCCUGUGCUUAUGGUCGGCAGCCGUCGUCUCCGUGGGCAUGA